UGCUGACGUUAAGUUUAUCAUCAUAAUUAUGUAGCAAUUUAAAACAAAGCUAUCUAUAAUUUGUUUAAAUAUAGCGCCUGCCAGACUGACAUAGCCCCUAACUUCCCCUCCAGCAAUUUAGUCAAACGUGUCUUAGACUGCUUUACGAGGUUUACUCGUAUAUUCAGUCUAAAUCGGCUAAGCGGUAAUCAAUUACCGCCAUACUGCUUCUAUAGAUUUUCGAGAAUAUGGCUGCCCCAUUCGCAAAAGUUACAAAACUUUUUUAAAACAGUUCGCCAAUUAGCGAGACACGCUGUGACUGUGUGACACAUUUGAUUGUUCCUAUUCAAUUCAACUACGUUAUUAUCGGGAACAUGUCAGCUCAAAACGUCAGCCAAAAAACUCAUUACGGAAAGUGUUGGCUUGCCGAUAAAGUCUGGCGUGAGCGAUAGCUAUAUAAUUAGCGAUAUACGGUGAAGACCCACCUAUUCCUAAUCUCCUAAUACCUGCCAUUUACCAUCACACACACAAAGACUGUCAAAAGUUGCAAGGGCACCGUGCUAUGUCGUACACGCCUACCGCUUCACUUCCAUUGCACGGUUAAAAGCCUGUCGAGCCGACGGCAGACCAUUUCGACAUCGACCUUGAAUAGACGAAUCAAUUAAGGGAUUAAGGUAUUGAUUUCGGAAUUAAUGUCGGGUCGGUCGGCGAAGACAUUUACGGCGAGUUUAAAGGAAUCUUGAUAAUAGCUGUAAUAGCUUCAGUUUUGUUCAAAGUCAAGCCUCAGCUAGAUAUUUCGAACGCCCAGAGGUAUAUGUCGAAGGUGUACGCACUUGGCGCAAAAGUCAUGUGCAACAACGUAGUCGGCUUGGUCGGUACACAGCGAACGCUUUGCCGAGAAAAUCCCGAAGUAAUGACGAGCAUCGGCAAAGGAGCGAAACUUGGCUUGGAACAGUGUCAGAAGCAGUUCAGCCAGGAUCGUUGGAAUUGUUCGACGUUCGAACAAGAUACGUCUGUCUUUGGAAAGCUCAUGCGAAGAUCCAAUAAGGAGACGGCGUUUGUGCAUGCAAUAACCUCGGCAGGUGUCGUGUACGAAGUAACCCGUGCUUGCAGCCGAGGAGAGCUGAGAGAAUGCAAUUGCGACAGGAAGAAUGAGAAGACAAGUGAAAACGAUGGAUUUCAGUGGGGAGGAUGCAGCGAGAAUGUUGGUUACGGAAUCCAGUUUGCCCGCACGUUUAUUGACUCUCGUGAAACCCAGCAAGAUCCACCCGCGCUUAUGAAUCUACACAACAACAAAGUCGGACGAAAGGCAGUUCGACGUUUAAUGGAACUCCAGUGUAAAUGCCACGGAGUAUCUGGUUCUUGCGCCGUGAAAAGUUGUUGGAAACAAAUGAUGCCCUUUGAAACAGUCGGAAAUUUGUUGCGUCGAAAGUAUUUGAACGCCAUCAAAGUUACUGUCGACCAAGCUGGAAAAUCUUUAUCGAAAGUCAACAAAAGGAAGAAACCCUCCGGGGAGGCGAUGGUCUUUUUGGAGAAUUCGCCGGACUACUGCAGGAAAGACGAUGCGACGGGAUCGCCUGGAACAGGAGGGCGUGAAUGCAACAAAACAAGGGACGGUGUCGGGAGCUGUGCCGCUCUAUGCUGUGGACGAGGUUUCGAUACAAUUGAAAUGGAUGAUGAGAGCAAAUGCGAUUGUCAGUUUCAUUGGUGCUGCUACGUUAAGUGUAAAGACUGUCAUUAUAAGGUGGACAAAAACUUUUGCAAGGCGCCGCCCAAAGCAGAAUCAUCAAGGCCACGGCCGCGCGGAAAACGUGACGGGCGGAGGAGAUUUGAAAUACAAAAUAAUGUUCUGAAAAAUCACGUUGUUAUAUGAUAUCUCUUGUCCUUAUAAUGACUACAACUAGACGUAGUCCAGGUAACAUUCUAAGCCUAAUCGAGAAAACAUCCGUUUUCGUAUAUGGAUUACAGAACAUUUUAAGCUUAUAUACAGUCCACAUAAAAUAUUCCACAGCUUUUCAUUUUUAUAUAUCAACUGAAACAUGUUAUAUAAAUCAGUUGCAUGUUCAAUAAAGAGCAUUAGAUUCGAUCAAUAGUAAUAUACAGUAGGAGGCAAAAGUUUGAGUCCAGUGACUGUAUUUCUUUGUUUCAGCAGCAUAUAUUAAUAUUCUACA